UAAACCCCACUAGUCUCAAAGACUCCUUGCAUAUUGCUUCAUACUUGUAAAAUACAUAGACACACGCGCAAAGCGUGAGCCACAUGAGACAGCUUGCGUGUGAGUCACCCUAAAGGCAAGAGCCUUCAAACUCUUUCUCUCUCUCUAGCAACUAAUGGUAUUGUCAUUCUGUUCUCUCGCUUUCUCUUUUCCACCACAUUUCUUGUUUUCAAUGGAGAACACGUACCUCAAGAUCCUUUCGUUUUGCUUCUCCAACCCGAUUUGUUGGUUACUCAUACUUUCUUGGCUUGCAAGAAACAUUAUCCAUACUAAUGGAAUAAGAAGAACAUUAGCAUGGAGAAAGAAAACAAGAAAGAAUAAGAAGAAGAAUCCAGAUGAUGAAAACAAAAUGUCUCUGCUGGAUUUACCUGACUUAACCUUAGACUGCAUCUUGGAGAAGCUCUCUCCAUCUGAGCUAUGUGUUAUGACUUGUGUUUGCUCUGAGCUAAGGGAUAAAUGUGGGAGCGAUCAUCUUUGGGAGAAGCACGUGGAGAAGAGAUGGGGGAGAGUAAUGGGUGAUGCAGCGAUUAAAGAGUGGAAGUCACAUGUCGCCACGUUAAUGUCAUGUUUCAGAAACUCUAAUAGAAGUAGUAGAAAUAACACAAGACAAUGGAGGUCGAGGCUUGCUGCCAAUCUUAAACCUUUUUCAUGGUUAAAAACAAACCAUGGUUGCCAUAACAGAGGUUCGUCAUCAGCUAUUGAUUCUGUGAUGUAUUGGUAUUCGACUCUUGAGAAUGGCAAGUUCUGGUUUCCUGCUCAGGUCUACAACCGAGAGAACGGACAUGUUGGAUUCAUGAUGUCGUGUUACGAUGCUAGAGUCAGAUACGAUGCCAAGACUGAUACAUUUCAAGCAAGAUACUCGGCGCAUGGACGGCGUGCGGCGGAGGAAAACGUGACGUGGCAGAGACUGAGACCGUCUCUAGUGGACACAGAGUCACGUGACCUACAUGUUUCUGAUUGUCUGCAGGAACUUAGACCUGGUGACCAUUUCGAGAUCCAGUGGAGAAGAACUAAAGAGUUCCCUUAUGGCUGGUGGUUUGGAGUUGUGGGUCACCUUCAAAACUGUGGCGGAGAAGAGAGCUGUCGUUGCAUCGCCGACGAGAAUGUGGUGAUGGAGUUUAGACAGUUCAAACCGGAGUCACCGUGGAAAACGACGGUGUUAAAGAGGAGGGAACACCGUGAGACGGGGAAUGAGGUCUGUGGUUUUUACGGCGGUGUAAAGAAGUUGGGUACAGAGGAAGAAGUUUCUACCUGGAAGCGGUUGUGGCCUUCUCAAGUUUUAGACUAAAAUACUUUUUAAGUUUUAGAUUAUUUAGAGGAGUUUGCUUAAGAAAUAGCAAACCUCAUUUAAUUAAUUUUGGAAUUUCUACUUUUUUUUUUUUUUUUUUUUUUUGGAAUUUCUACUUGAUUGUAAACAAAAACGUACUUAAAGAAAAGUGAGUAUAUUGGCUCUG